AUGGCGCAGACUUACAAUCAAAAGAGGAACGUCUACAGCAUCGACCAGAUCCUGGGCCAUGCCAAGGAAGAAGAUCACGCAACUUCCUCGGACGCCGUCGGCGAAAGCGGGGACACGGAGUUGGGACACCUAAGCGAGCAUCGGAUCAACGACUCUUUGAACGAUCCUUUGGACUUGGGCGAGUCCGACAGGCCUAGGAAGGUGCGAAGGUCCAGGACAACCUUUACGACCUAUCAGCUGCACCAGUUGGAGCGAGCCUUUGAGAAGACACAGUAUCCGGACGUCUUUACCAGGGAGGAAUUAGCUAUGAGGUUGGAUCUCUCCGAAGCUAGAGUUCAGGUGUGGUUCCAGAAUCGACGGGCAAAAUGGCGCAAACGAGAGAAGGCCCUGGGCAGGGACACCAGUUUCAUGCACGUCGAGCAAGCAGGCGUGAACGAGCUCUCCCUCCAUGCGCAUUUGUUGCAAAGUGCAAGUGGUGUGCCGGGAACGGAGACGAACAAUCCAGCGGCGGGUGCCUUCCCGUGGUUCAUUCCGCCCGUCUUCCCUCCCCCCUGGUCGACGAGUGCUCCAAAAUUGCCACCUCUUCACGCUAUUUUGUCUCAGUACAUUGGACUACCCUUGCCACAAAAUUUAGCAUCGCUUGGGACAGUCCUUCCGGUAGGACUCAAUCCUGCAUCUUCGUUGAACCAUGGCACGGUCAAUUCUCACCCAUUGACCUCGCAAAUGCACACGCACCCUUUGAACUUGGGAGUGCAAAGUUUGCCGCAAAACCUCAGUUCCAAACACGAACGAGAGGAAGAUUCCGGUUCAUCCGACGAGGACGCGAGAAGACAAAGUGCCGAAGUCCUCAGAGUGAAGGCAGAAGAGGUUUUGCGGAAGGCGGACAAUUAA